GGGUUGGUUCGUCCUCCUCCGGCUCCCCCAGCUCCUCCACCCUUCCUUUCACACCGUCUUUGUGUUCACAGUACAGUGCAAUACACACACACACACACACACACACACACGGCCGCCCGAUUCGCAGCCACGGCACAGCGCUCCUCGGCGGCUCCGUCUUCACACACGUGCGCGCGUUCGGCUGCUUUCGGAGAUCGUGCUCAGCACCCCCACACAGAUUCACACAUCACAGUACACGGACGGACACACACACACACACACCGGCGUCGUCUUCGGCGAUCCCGCUCCGAACGGACCGACGAGGCGCCGCAGAGACGGGGACGCGCGCAGCUUCGCGGCAUCGCGCAACAUCCCCCGCAUCGCGGCACCGCGGCAUCGCGCCCUGCCUCCCAGAACAGGUGAAAGAGAGCGGAGGAGAAGGGAAGAGGCCGGCUGGUCGCGCGCAUCCCCAAAGGUUGGCUCCGGUCAGACGGCAGUAUGAUGUCUUCAAAGGAAAAGCCGAAGAAGAAGCCGCCCAAAGACAGCUUGACACUGUUGCCCUGUUUCUAUUUUGUGGAGCUGCCGAUCGUGGCCUCCUCCAUGGUGUCCCUGUACUUCCUGGAGCUAACGGAUGUUCUGCAGCCGGCGCAGGUUGGAUUCCGUUGCCACGACCGCUCGCUCAGCAUGCCAUAUGUGGACAGUGGUGACGAGCUCAUCCCGCUGUUGAUGCUGCUUAGCUUGGCCUUCGCCGGUCCGGCCGCCUCCAUCAUGAUGGGAGAGGGCCUGGUGUAUUGCAUGCAGUCCAGGCUAAAGAUCCGCCCAGGCGCUGAAGGCAGCAUCAACGCUGGAGGCUGCAACUUCAACUCAUUCCUGCGUAGAACUGUUCGCUUCGUAGGUGUUCAUGUCUUUGGACUCUGUGCCACAGCUGUGGUUACGGAUGUGAUCCAGCUGGCUACGGGAUAUCAUGCUCCCUUCUUUCUUACUGUUUGCAAGCCCAACUACACCCUCCCUGGCGUUUCCUGCGAAAAAAAUCCCUACAUCACCCGAGAUAUUUGUUCGGGCCCAGAUCAACAUGCCAUUCUCUCUGCCAGGAAAACGUUUCCUUCCCAACAUGCAACCCUGUCUGCCUUUGCUGCAGUGUAUAUAUCUAUGUACUUCAAUUCCACCAUCUCAGACAGCACCAAACUCCUCAAACCGGUGCUGGUGUUUGCGUUUGCCAUCGCUGCCGCGGUAACUGGCCUGACCCAAAUCACCCAGUACCGCAGCCACCCUAUUGACGUCUAUGUGGGCUUCCUCAUCGGGGCGGGCAUUGCCGCUUACCUUGCUUUCCAUGCUGUGGCCAAUUUUAAAUCCUCAGAGGAUGUUGUCCCAAGGCCCCCUCCUCCACCCCAGAAGGAUGCUUUGCGGGCUCUGACCCAGAGGGGGCAUGACUCGGUCUACCACAAAGGUCCUACAUCUGAGAGUAACGAUGAGCUGUCGGCUUCCCAGCGCCUGGAUGGGCUGAAUCGCCAAGUACAACGUGAGAAGGCCUCCCUGGGCAGUCUGAAGCGGGCCAGCGUAGAUGUGGAGCUCCUUGCUCCUCGCAGCCCCAUGGGCAAGGAGACUAUGGUGACCUUCAGCAACACGCUGCCCCGUACCAACAAUGUGGCGGCUGAGGAUCCCGUUCGCCGCCACAUGAGUGUUCAUGUGCCACUGGACCCCCUGCGUUCCAAGCAGCUUGUAUCUGAAUGGAAGCAAAAGUCCAUGGAGCUGCGCAGUGCCAGCCUAAGAGGGGAAGAAGGGCAGGAGGGUAGCGAGGAGGAGGGCUCUGAUGUUGGGGAGGAGUGUGCUGAUGAGGAUCUGGUGAUGCCAUCCUCACUGUACCCCGCGGUACAGGCAAACCGCAGCAGUGUGGUUACAGGGGGUGCCAGAGUUGUUGUGCCACCGAGGCCAGGAGCUCCACAAUUGGUGCACAUCCCAGAGGAGUCCACUGGACCUCCACCAGUGUCACCCAAGAGUGCUAGCACACGGGCCAAGUGGCUGUCCAUCGCCGAGAAGAGUGGAGGUACCGUGCCUACAUCCAUGAGGCCACCUAACCAGCCCCGUAUCAUGCAGGUCAUCGCCAUGUCUAAACAGCAAGGCCUCAUCGCCGUGACACCCAAGACCUCAGAGACGUCCUCCUCGUGUACCUCCUCGACGGCAAGCACUGAGUCGCCCCUCUAUCGGCCUCCUUCUGAGCGUGAAAGCGCCAGCAUUAUAACGGUGGAUGCCCACGCUCCCCAUCACCCAGUGGUCCAUGUGUCCUCAGGCAAUGGGAGCCAUUGGGAAUGGAAGGGUACUGCCAAUGGCAAUGCACAGGAGUCUUAUGAGCUCAAUGAUCUGAACCGUGACUGUGCCCGAGGCUACCGCCCCGUCAAAAGCACUUCCCCUGGCUCCUCCAUUAGUGAUCCUGACCAGGAGCCACUGCCUCUCCCUCUUCCAGAACACCCCUUGGAUGGCCGUAGUCGUGAUUCCACCCUACGUCGCAAGCCCCAUGUGUCUGUACAGGAAAGGGAAGGCGGUCAGACCCAGACUGAACAAGAUCCUUAUUACAAGAAACUGCAUACUAACCGACGAUUUAAAGAUCAAAACUAACAGGGAAUUAAUCGUACAUCCAAAAAAAAGCUUGGAGGGACCAUAAUUUCUAGUUUUUUUUUUUAAAGGACAGAGGAAAGUACACUGAAUGACAACAUAAUGAAAGACUACUUUGGACCAAGCAGCAUGACUGGGAGACGUGUAUUUUAGUUUUUUCUGGAUAAAUGUGACAGCACAGGUUUACGUGGAAAGUAGGUGAAGUGAGAGACUUAAGCAUCCACAAGGAUGAGAGGCAGAGAUUGCCAUGGCUCUAAAUAUAGAAAAUGAAACCAAACAGCAAUACCAAAAACAGGAAAAAUGAACAUCAAUGCCUUCACAUUGAGAGCAAAAUGUGACAGCACCAUUUACUGAGCCAUGCUAUUAAGGCAGUUUUUAAAACCUGAACACAGUUUAUCAACCAUUUUAUGUCUGGUUAUUAUGAUUUGAUGGAUGGAAUUUUUUGUGGCCUUUCCUUUUUAAUACUUACUGUAUUUGUUCAGUAACACAUCUGUGU